AGAGCCUGGGAUACUGGACUCCUGAAGGAGGAGAAGGGCACUGGGUACCUGGACUUAAUGGGACUCUGUCCAGGGGGUGCUGGAGACCUCAACUCCUGGGCCCCGGGCUUGUGCCGGGGAUGCGUGCAAUAUUAGAGGGUUGUGGGAGAAGAGGCCUGGGAUCCAGACUUCCUGGUCUCCGGGGAGGAAAGGUCUGUAGCUCCAGGCCCAGAAAAGCAGCAAAAGCAUGUGGGCAGAUGCCUGGACCAGCUCCGGCACUGACCAAUUAGUAGAGACCAAGACCUAAAAAAGCACACCUGGAAAACUGAUAAAUAUUCUGCUGAAACCCUCCCCUAAGACAUACCAUGAGAUUCCUGCCUGCAAGAGAGAGAACCUGUCUGGACUACAGCCUUCGCCAGACCCCUUCCAGCCCCCAGCCCACCAUGAUCCCUCCAAGCAACAUGGUGCUCCUGCUUUUACUCCCAGUGGCUGCUGCUCAGAUAAUCCCAGGUGAGAAAUCAACACACCCACUUUACCAUGCUUCUUCAGGUUCCUAUUCCGGAUGUGGGCCCCUCCCCGUGCCACUCCUUGUAGGCCUUGUGGCUGCUGAUGCCAUGGUAUCUCUGCUAAUCGUUGUGGUGGUGUUUAUGUGUGCCAGCCCACGUGACAGGCCCACCCAAGAAGAUGGUAAAGUCUACAUCAACAUGCCUGGCAGGGGCUGACCCCCUGUAACUUCAACCUUUGACUUCUGACCCUUUUAUUCUGGAUUGUGUGUGAUGGCACAGGAAACCCACUCCCCCAUUUGGGUUGGAAUAAAGCAAUUGAAAUACC